UGGUGGUGGUGGUGGAGGAGGAAAAGAGGACUGUACAACGACCGCGAGGAGAUAGAUUGGAGUAAUAGUAGUAGAAGGAGUAGGAGUAUAGGAGGGGAGGUUGUGGAGGAGGGCCACUGCCAAGAAAACAGUAGUGCGUUCCUUGGCAAGAUGGCAGACGGUCCGUCCGCGGAAGAGGCGUCUGCUGUUGAUGUUCGGAUUCUAUCGAGGGAACGACAGAAACGACAGGACGCUUCUUCGACGUCGCUUCUAACUAACGUUAUUACGGCUUCGUCGUCGCCGUCGUCGUCGUCGUCGUCGUCGUCGUUGUUGUUGUCGUCGUCAUCAUUGAGCACGGGCCAGGACGUUGUUGUUAGACGGUUUGUUCAUAAACGGGAUAAUACCGGUGAAUUUUACGACGAUUACGAUUAUGUUUACGAUUACGAGGACGACGAUGACGACGAUGACGACGAGGACGAGGACGAUUACGAGGAAGUUGACACCCGACGUCGUUACCAUCAUGAUCGUCAUAAUCAUCACCAUUAUCGCUAUCAACAACAACAACAACAACAACAACAACAACAACAACAACAACAACAACAUCAACAGCAACAGCAACAGGAAAGGAUUCCUAAUGAAGGUGCUGCUGGUGGUAUUGGUAAUCAUUUUAAUAGUGGUACUGGUGAUGGCAGUGGUGCUGGUCGUGGUGGUGCUGGUAGUGCUGGUUGUGGUGGUGGUAGUGGUGUUGGUGGUGGUGGUGGUGGUGGUGUCGUUGUCGUUGUCGGUGGUGAUUGUGCGCCCACGAUACGAGGAAAGGAACAUAACAAGGUGUUGUUAUACGAUGAGGAAGAUGAUUACGAGGAAGAAGAUGAGGAUGAUGAGGACGAUGAUGACGAAGGUGAGGAUGGCGAUGAGGAAGACGAAGAAGAGGAAGAGGAAGAGGAGGAAGAAGAGCCGCCAAUGGAAAAUCGAAGAGUUAGGAUAGGCUUGAUGAAAAAGUCGACCGAGGGCAUUGUUACGAGUAUCGGUAGUGUUGGUAAUAAUAGAAAUAUUAAUACUAGUGGUGUAGUUGGACAUGGAGUUAACGGUGGUAGUGCUGGUGCUUUGUUGGUAACAAAGAUGCUCGGUAAUACACGCACGCGGGUACUCGAUGUUGUAGACGUUCUCGUAGAUCCGUCGGAAUCGGUUGGUACGAAGCUAACGUCGAAUUUAUCAAAUGUUAACGAAAGAAAAGAUCGAGUAAGAUCCGAGAUAGAGGAAGACCAUGACAAUAAAAAGAAGGAAACGCAAUUACAAGAACAACAACAACAGCAACAACAACAACAACAACAACAACAACAACAACAGCAGCAGCAGCAGCAGCAGCAACAGCAAUCACAGCAACAACACCAGCAGCAAUCACAGCAACCACAGCAGCAACAACAGCAACCACAGCAACAGCAGCAACAGCAGGAAGACAAAAAGAAAAAGAAGAAGAACGAAGAGAAAGAUAGAAGAGGAGACGAUACCACGAACGAUCCUCCUCCCCUUAACACCGUAACCGUCACCAUUACCCCUGCCUCCCCUUCUUCUUCAACAACCAUCACAACGAGCGGCAUCGCGAACGGCGUCGUUGCUACCGGCAGCAGCGGCAGCGGCAGCAGCAGCAGCAGCAACAGCAGCAGCACCGGAAGUGGCAGCUCCGUUGCCGGCGGCGCGAGCAACGUCAAGAGUAGUAGUUGCGCCGGCUCCUUGUCCAACGGCAGCCCCUUCAAGGGACAGGUCAGGAUGGCCGAGGAGACUCUCGUUGGGCCUUGCGGCAAGAAGCGUUGCGCCGAUCGAUACGACAGCUCCGAGAGUUCCGACAGCGGAGUUGCGGUUUCGUGCGGGGAGUGUAGCAGUAGCGGUACAAGUGACAUCACCGAGCCAGGCUCACCGUGUAGUACAAGUAGCGACGAGGGUGUAGCAAUAAGAGGAGCAUCGGCAAGCCCAUUACCAAGUUUGCCCAAGCUGGCGCCGUCCUCGCAAUUGGGUACCAGGCCCCAGUGGCCCUGGACCCCGCCAUUGGCGGCAACCGCUUGUUCAACUUACAAGAGACUGAAAGGUGAGCCAGAAGCAGGAACAUUGCCGAGGUCCGGAGCAGCUGAUCCAACUUCACGUGGAUCAUCAAAGGCGAACAGUAACAAGCCAGUUGGUGUUAUACACCAUAACGAAUCAUCUUCCCAAGGGAAAAUAACGGAAUAUUUUAAGACACAGAUUAAACCGCAACAACCGAAACUUAAGAAGACGUCGGAAACAAUGUCGGUACUGGUUGCUAAAACAACCACAGAAUUUCGAAGGCCACCUACCGUGCAAAGGAACAAAGGUGGCUUGGCCAAAUACCUCGGUACUGUUCCAUCAAAUCCUCGUACGACAACAGCUACAAACGAUUGGGAGGUUCGAACAGUCAACAUGUCGCCGCCGCCGCCUAACAAAAAGACACCUAUUGUCAUCGUACCUAGGGCCAAUGUUAAAAUGGAGAAAAAAUUAACGAAACCCCUGCCAAGUUUGCCUAUAUCGAACGACGUUCUAAAAAAUAUACCACCCUGCAAGAUAUCCUCGCUCAGGCUUACCUCAGAGGCAAGUCCUAACCCAAUGAAAACGUGUUCACCGCCGUCAACCCCAACGGCAAAUCCCCCGUCAACAAACGAUUUUAAGGGUUGCAUCCUUUCAUCUAAAGCGCACGUCAACGAGAAUAAUAAUUUAACGAACGGUUGUAACAAUUUGAUCGGUACGAUACGUUCACAGAACAAUCAGGAUCCAUUGUCGAGGUUAUCGCCAAUAGAAAGUGAUAAGUGUCAGACGAAAAUAUCGUCAUCAUCUGUAGGAGAUGAGGAGGACGUUGAAGAAGAGGAAGAGGAUUCCUCAUCUAGGAGUAGCGAAUCGAAAACGCAUCAUUCACUUUCUCCAAUAUUAUCAGCUCCGACAACGAUACGUUUCCCAGCCAGGGCACCGGAAAAGGAUAGGUCACAGCCAACCGACAGUGGGAUUUGUCGAUGGGACAAGUGCGAAGCUAGUUUCGAAUCUAGCACAGGUCUUCUUGAACAUUUACAGGUCGCUCAUAUCAAUACCCAAACCGGUGGAGACAAUUUCGUCUGUCAUUGGUUAGGUUGUAAGGUACAAGGAAGAACGUCCUGUUCGAGAAGAUGGCUGGAAAGACAUGUCCUUUCACAUGGUGGAAACAAACCGUUUCGUUGUAUCGUCGAUGGAUGCGGCAGUAGAUUUAGUUCACAGACGACAUUGGAGAGGCACGUUAACGGUCAUUUCAAUCAACCUGAAACGAAUAGUAGCAGCGGUAGAAGGAGUUGCGAGAAUGGUGGAAAGCUCGUCAGGAGAAACGGAAAGAGAUUGAGAUACAGAAGACAGCCAUGGUCUGCACGACUUUUUGAUUAUUUCGAUUCUGGAGUCAUGGAAGGUCUUCAACAUAGAUUAUUGGAGCUGGCUAAGUCAAGAACGCAAGGUCGGUUAGCCGAGACGCCUGGUGACUCGAUGGCCCUAACUAGUCAAGUAUUAGCAAGAAGAGUAGAGACGGAUGGGAAAAUCAAAGUCCUGCUACGAUGGUAUCCUCAGGACAUAGAACCGGACGAAUGGGUAUUAGAAUCCGAAGUACAAAGCACAAAACACGUAGGGAUACGUAAAUUAGCUGGAAAAAAUCCUGAAGAAGUUAGCCUAGCAUUAUAUCCGGCGAUGUGCGGUGGUAUACCAACUAUGACAAGAGUUAAACAACGUCGAAAACCAGUUAAGUAUUCGUGAUAAUGUCUCGCCAGGAGGAUUAUUCGAGGCCAAUAAAAACGACUGAGAGAUAGAGAGAGAUAGAGAGAGAGAGAGAUAGAGAGAGAGAGAGGGAGAUAAAGAGAGAAAAAGGAGAAGGAGAGAAAAGGAUAUGACGAAUAAACACAUGGACGAUAAUAUAGGUCCAGAUAAAUGUGUAAUGAUGGUUAUAAUGAAAAGGAGCCUGGAUAGUAAUUAAAUAUUAUUGGACAACCUGGAUAAUGAUGUGAGACGUAGGAAACGACCGAUGUUAGACGAACGAAUGUGAAGAUUCGAAUCAGAUGACCAAAGCUGUACUGAUUUUAUGGUACAAGAAACACGGAGAGCAAUAGUAACGAUUUAACCUAACGAACGAGAAGAAGAUGAAGAUGAAGAUGAA